AUGCUCAUGAAUCUCAUCUCUCCAGGCUACCAGGAAGACACCUCAAAAGGCUCAAUGUUGCGCUUCGAAGAUUCUAUUCCUCGUCUACCUGUUCCGACCCUUGAAGAGACAGCCAAGCGUUAUCUGAAAUCAGUCCACCCACUACUGAAUUCAAGUGAGUAUGGGCACACAGAAAGGGCCGUCAGUGCCUUCAUCAAGCCUGGAAGUUUGGGUGAAAAGCUACAAAAAAGACUACAAGCACGUCGAGAGGAUCCGCGACACAGGAAUUGGAUAUAUGAAUGGUGGAACGACGCUGCCUAUCUUAGUUACCGUGAUCCUGUCGUACCGUAUGUGAGUUACUUUUACUCUCACAAGGACGAUAGGAGGCGGAGACAUCCUGCCAAGAGAGCUGCAGCGCUUUCGACAGCAAUUCUGGAGUUCCGCAAACAGGUCGAUGAUGGCACGUUGGAGCCCGAGUAUAUGAAAAAGCUUCCUAUUAGCAUGGAAUCAUACCAGUGGAUGUUCAACUCUUGCCGUAUUCCCGGAAAAUCGACAGACUUCCCCGUCAAGUAUGACUGGAAGGCGAAUCAAUACAUACUCGUGAUCCGCAAAAACCAAUUCUUCAAAGUUCCGUAUUCAAUUGGCGGCCAACAGCUCAACGUUUCAGAGCUUGAGAGGCAAUUUGCGCGUAUUUAUCAAAUUGCAACCACCUCGCAUGCUGUGGGUGCCCUUACUUCUCAGAACCGUAACACAUGGCACAACGCUCGAGACUCGCUUCUCUCGGCGCAUCCGGCCAACGCCCAGGCAAUUGAAUCCAUCCAGGCAGCCUCAUUCGUUCUCUGCCUUGAUGAUGCUUCGCCUAUCACGUUGGAGGAACGCGCACGCCAGUAUUGGCAUGGUGAUGGUCAGAAUCGCUGGUAUGACAAGCCGCUUCAAUUCAUUGUCAAUGAUAAUGGCACUUCUGGCUUUUUAGGCGAGCACAGCAUGAUGGACGGCACCCCUACACAUCGCCUCAACGAUUAUGUCAAUAUGAUGAUCUUUUCAAAUCGGCUUGAUCUCUCGGAUCCUUCGAUUCGAUCUGAUCUUGCUGAACCUGAACCCAUCAAGUUUCAGUUGAACGAGACAAUAAUUAGGGAAGUGCACCGAGCGACUUCCGAUUUCGACGCGCUUAUGGCACAACAUGACCUAAGGGUACAAGCCUAUCAAGGUUACGGCAAGGGAUUGAUAAAGCGCUUCAAAUGCUCUCCUGAUGCGUAUGUGCAGAUGGUCAUCCAACUUGCCUACCACAAAAUGUAUGGCAAAAACCGGCCUACUUACGAGAGCGCAUCGACACGCCGCUUCCAGCAAGGCCGGACGGAGACCUGCCGCAGUGUCUCUGACGAAAGCGUUGCGUGGUGCGAUGCAAUGGCUGAUCCCGAGAUAAGCGAGGAAGAAUGCAGAGAACGAUUUAAAGCCGCCCUUGACGCGCACGUAAGAUACAUCAUGGACGCAAGCGAUGGUAAGGGUGUCGAUCGCCAUCUCUUCGGAUUGAAGAAAUGUUUGAAGGAAGGCGAAGAACUACCCGACAUCUAUAAAGACCGAGCCUAUGGCUACAGCGGGACCUGGUAUCUGAGCACAAGUCAGUUGAGUAGCGAAUACUUUAACGGGUAUGGCUGGUCACAAGUUGUAGAUGAAGGCUUUGGGAUUGCCUACAUGAUCAACGAAAAUAGCAUACAAUUCAACAUAGUCUCCAAAGGUCUUUCUAGUGAGAGGAUGAGUUUCUUCUUGAGUGAGGCGGCAGGAGACAUCAGAGAUCUAUUUUUACCAAUGAUUGACACGCCGAAAGCUAAGCUAUAG